AUUUUUCAGUCUCGGUUGUGUUCUAAAAAAAAUCCCUGAAGAUUUGUAAUUCUGUAAUAAAAUUGCUGAUAAAAGUGGCCUGCUGAAUCAUGAAGCGAGCGCGCCAACCGAAGAUCACCACCCAGGCCCUGCUCGAUUUCGACCUCGGGAGUUCCUCGGACAGUGACUUCCUGCCGGGCGACGACAACUGCUCCGACGGGUCGAAGGAUGAGAGCGAUGGCGACGAGAGCAGCGACGCGAGCAGUGAAUCCGAUUCCGGGUCGGAUUCGGAUGCGGAGAGCGAGGACUCGACGCUGUUGCUCCGCCAGGAGCUGGCCGAAAUGGAACCGGCGCCCCUGGAGAACGGCAUCAACGGAGGAGCUACUCCUGGUGCCGCUCCUAGACCUCCUUUGCAGCUGUCCAAAGCUCCCGCCAAGCGGAUGUGCUGCGUCUGCCUGGGCGAGCGCAGCGACGACGUCAACGAGAUCGUCGAGUGCGACUCCUGCGGCGUCUCUGUGCACGAAGGAUGCUACGGCGUCAGCGACAACGUGAGCAUUUCGAGUACAAACUCCACCUGCUCCACGGAGCCCUGGUUCUGCGAGGCCUGUCGCGCUGGCGUCUCGGAGCCCGACUGCGAGCUGUGCCCCAACAAGGGCGGCAUCUACAAGGAGACGGACGUGGGCAAGUGGGUGCACCUCAUCUGCGCCCUGUAUGUGCCCGGCGUGGCCUUCGGCGAGGUGGAGCAGCUGUCCUCUGUUACGCUGUUUGAGAUGCAGUACAGCAAGUGGGGCGCCAAAGUGUGCUCCCUCUGCGAGAACGCCUUGUUUGCCCGCUCGGGAGUUUGCAUCGGCUGCGAUGCGGGCAUGUGCAAGACCUACUUCCACGUGACCUGCGCUCAGGUGGCCGGAUUCCUCAUAGAAGCGCACCACGAGGACGAUGCCGCCGAUCCGUUCUACGCCCACUGCAAGGUGCAUUCGGACAAGGAGAUGAUCAAGAAGCGGCGACGCAACUAUCACACACUGCGGCUGAAUAUGUUGCAAAGGGCCAGGGAAAAGGAGGCGACAGUAGGCGAUCCACCUACUCCCCAUCCAAAUCCCGCUCAAGCGCGCAUUCAGCGCAAGCUCCUCAAGAUCCAGCACAAGUAUGCGCGGCACAAGGAGCUCAAGCCCACGCCGUGGGUGCCCACGCAGAAAAUGUCCCGUCUACUGACCACCUCGGCCUCCGCCUGUCGUCGCCUGUUGGCCAAGGCGGAGAUUAUGUCCGUGGAUGUGCAGCAUCUGGAGCAGCGCGAGGCACACAUCAAUGCUUUGACAGACAUUCGCAAGAAGUGGCACAUUGCCCCCGCAUUCAGUGUCGAAUUCACUGCCUACUACAUGGACCGCAUUGUCCGCAUGGAGGACUUUCGGCAGCAGCAGCGGGAGCUCAUCUCGCACAACGCCAUUCUGUCCAAGGAUCAGGACGUGCUGAGGGCUCAGUAUGACACCGCCUUGGAGGAGCGCAAGGCGGUGAAGGCCAACAAGGAGUCGCUACUAACGAGCAUCAAGUCGCUGCACGCCACUCUAGCACAAAUUGCACCCAACAUGACGCUGCCCAGCGUGGAUCUCAUAGCUCGUCCGCUGCCAGAGGUGCCGCCCAAGACGAGCACGCCCACUCCUCCCCAGCGACCCAUUUCGGUGCCCACAGCUGCUGCCCUGAAAAUGGGUGUGGGCUUUCCCUUGGGUCACCUGGGUCCACCAGGCAGCAAGCUGGACUCCUCGCGUAUGCUCAGUACUCAGGCCAAGCAGGGCAAGCAUAGUGCAACCUCCGUGGAUGCUGCCCCCUCGGUGGCUUGCGGCAUCUGCAAGCGAAGCAAGGAUCAGCACCUGUUAGUCAAGUGUGACACCUGCAAUCUGCACUACCAUCUGGGCUGCCUCAAUCCACCGCUCACGCGACCGCCCAAGAAAUCCAAGCAGUAUGGCUGGCAGUGCUCCGAGUGCUGCGACAAGUCUGAGGGAUCCGAUGCCGUCACGGAGAUCUCCUCGGGUCCCAGAAAGUCCCGCAAUCGCUUCAACAAGGAUGGCCAUCUGGUCUACGAUCGCUAUUCGCUGGACGAUAUUCCUGUGGCCGCUGUUCUGCCUCCCAAGGAGGCACCGUCCAAGCGGGCGAUCAACAAAUCCCUUCCAGCUCCUGCUCCCGCGUACAUCGAGGAUCUGACCAAGUCUCCGAAGCGACCCAAACUCCAAUCGCCAUACAAGACACCAACUAAUGUUCCUGCCGCCAAUGCCACGCCCACACCCGUGACUGCUCCAACGCUGUCUACGCCCAAUGCUAGCGCCUUGAAUCUAUCUGGCUGCGAGGAUUCGAUUGACGACUCUACCGGAAAGCUUUCCCGCAAGGGUAAGCGCAAGGACAAGCACAAGAACAAGCACAACCUGUCGUCGGACACUGAGAAAUCCAUCGGCAAAGAGCACAAAAGGAAGAGAAAAAAGCGCUCUCAUCUCGACGAGUCAUCGUCUCACCUGGACACCGUGGCCAACUCCUCCGGCAGCACCAUCAAGAUCAUAUUCAAGGCACUCCGACUGCCCGGCGAGGAUGCGCCCGAAUCUCAGUAUUUUUACGUGCCAGCCAACGCGGUGCGUUCAGUGGAUGAAGCCUCGCGUCCCACAUCGGUUGAAACGGUCGAGGACAGUGUUCAGGGAGCGGAGCAGGCCCUGGCCCCAAUCGUGCUGCCAGCAGCGUCGCCACAGAAGAUUCGGGAGCCCAAGGAGGCGGCUCCUGUUACCGUUCCGGUCACCACUCCCUCGCCAAAGCGAAAGGUUAGUCCCCGGAAGGCAACAACUCCCCGGAAGCCUCGCGUGGGUCGCCCGCGGGUGUCCAACACCAAGCCGAAUGUGGAGAUCAGCUGUUGCGUGUGCAGCCAGACGGGAAAGACCAACCAGGUGGUGACCUGCGACGAGUGCCACCGGCACUACCACUUCGCCUGCCUCGAUCCGCCGCUGAAGAAGUCGCCCAAGAUACGCGGCUACUCCUGGCACUGCGCCGACUGCGAUCCCACUGACGAGGAUGCACUGCCCAAGAAAUAGAAACUAUAAAUACUUAAUAAGCCUAGGUUUUUUACCAUUUUGAGACGAAAUAUCUUGAUAGACAUUGCGAUAUUUACAAAAUAUGAAAUUGAAUAUAUCAUAAAAUUGUGCUUAGAAAUAUAGGAAUAAACAAUUGAAAAUAUU